CGUUGGCAAGGUAGAACAAGGUGGGGAUACUAAAGCAGUGGAUACUUUCUCUAUGUACACCGGGCUGAAGAUUGUUAUUGGUGAAAACUUGACCGCUUUUAUAAACAAGAAAACGUAACAAGGAAAAGAUAAGUUCAUUGGAAUAUAGGUCAAGAUGGCGCACUUGAUCAAGGCCAACAGUUAUGAAGAUCUAAUGACCGAACCAAACCAAGACAUGCUGGAUAACAUGCAGGAUAUCAUGGCCCAGAAGGCGGAGGAACUGUUCCGCCUGUGUGACAAAGAAGAAAAAGGUUUCAUCACAAAAAGCGACAUGCAGAGACUCCGAGCAGAACUUCCCGUGUCGCCCGAUCAGCUGGAGAUUGUCUUCGAUUCUUUAGACAACGACGGCAACGGUUACCUGACUUUAGAGGAGUUUACCGAGGGUUUUGGAAGUUUUCUUGGUAUCCGAUCCCCGUCCGUCUCCCGCGAGCACUACGAAGACGAAGAGCACGAGACGACUGUGUUCGAGGGAGAGGCGGGCGUGAAUGACCCAGCCAUGGAAGAGAAACAGUUCAUUGAAAUGCUGGGACAUGUGGGAGCUAACCGCGUUUUCCAAGAUGAGGAUAUUAUCAAGGCCAUGUGGCUCAAACUGCAUCGAGAGGAACCGGAUAUGGCCAGCACUUUCGAGGAGUUUAUUGCCAGGGUGGCUAACGACAUUAAAAAGUCAAAAGGUGACUUCCAGUCUCUUGAGGCGGCCCUACAAAACAAAAACAACGAGCACGAACGCGAGGUGAAGAAACUGUACGAGGAAAUGGAACUUCAGAUCAAACAAGAGCGGGAAAAAAUUUUAGCGGAGGAAAAAGCGAAAGAGAGACAACUGAGGAAUGAACUGGAAGAACAACUCCACGAGAAGGAGAGACAACUCCAGGAGUUUCUAAACAGACAACAAGAGCUGGAGCAGAAGAUGCAGCAGCUGAACAAAAUGGAGAAGCUGACCAAACAAGAGAAUGAGAGACUGCAAAAGGAAAAAGACGAGCUAGAGGAACUCCUCAGCCAAUCACAAGAGAGCUUAGAAGAGUCAAGGUCGUACAUUCAUCAAAUCCAACUGCAACAGAAAGACGAGAAGAAAGAAAGAGCAAGAGCUGCUCUUAUGCUGUCUGAGGGAAUUGCUAUCGAGAGGGAAAGUCUUGUAAAACAGCUAGAUCUACUUAAAGACGUCAAUAAGAGACUUCGAGAUGACAAAGAUGAAGCAGAGGCCACAGAGACAAGGCGGGAUGGGGCAGUUUCACUUGCAGCAGAGGUUGGCGAGGUCGAGGGCAGCAAGUCUGAACCUGUCCAGCCAAAGCCAAGGAAAAAGAUUCGUAAGCAGGGGUCAGUUUUAUCUAAAUACUUCCCAGGGGAAUCCCAGCGGUCGACCGAGCUUGUCUCGGUUGACUUAGACAUGGAGGAACUAGAUACAGUGAUUGAUGAUGAUGUCGAUGAUGUUGAUGUAGACGAGCUACAGGAUGCCAAUGUUUUUAUACCGGAGAUCUAUGAAAAUGAGGUGGAAGAAGAUGAUGCAGAAGUAGAACCUCAUCGACAUCAUCAUCAAGGCUUAGAACUAGAGGGGCCGAAUGGGGAGGUUAAGAAAAAAAAUCGGGGCAAAAUAAGAGUUCGCAGUUUGAAAAGAUCACAGCCAGUUGGAGCAGAUUCAUAUAUAGGGGAACACAUACCCAAGCCACAGCGUUUAUUUAAAGUUGUAUUUAUUGGGGAUUCUGGUGUUGGUAAAAGUACCUUCAUUCAUCGCUUUUGUCACCAAGAGUUUAGGAGCAACUUUCAAGCCACUAUAGGUGUAGAUUUUCAAGUUCGAACAAUGGAUCUAAAGGACUCCACAGUUAUCUUACAGCUUUGGGAUACUGCAGGUCAAGAGAGGUAUCGAUCAAUGACAAAAGCUUAUUUCCGCAAAGCAGAUGGCGUCAUAGUGAUGUAUGAUGUCACUGUGGAAAACACCUUCACCAGUGUCCGUAACUGGAUGACCAGUGUUCAGGAGCAAGUUGAACCUGGUACUGUUAUCAUGUUACUUGGCAACAAGCUAGACAUGGCAGAAGAUGAUGCUCAUCGACCUGUUAAACAAAAAGAUGGCAGGCAUUUAGCAGAGGACUCAGAAAUGAUGUUUUAUGAAACAAGUGCUAAAUCUGGAGAAAAUAUUAAAGAAUCAAUGGAGGCUUUUACCGGUUUACUGUUAGAAAAAGAGGACAAGAAGCUUGAAGAAGGGCUUAAACUGACAGACAGCAAAGGCAAGAAAAGAUGUUGCAGCCGAUGCUGGUGAUCAAUUAUAAAAUAUUUCAAAAUAAACUGUGUGAAGUGAUAGUUCCUACGAUGGAAAUUGCUCAUGCUUGCCAAGAACCUGCAUACAUUUUUUCAGUUUUAUUACGUACCAUAUGAUUAUGUAUAGCUUGAGGGUGGCAGAUUAUUUCACUUUUUUCAUAUCAAGAAUUAAAUAUGUAAAAAUGAAUUUUACAGCUGGCUGUGAAUCUUUUUUGCAAACCUUAAAUUUUACCAACAUUUUUUGACAAAACACACUUAGUACAAUGUUGUGGUACUUGUUCAAUGCUACUUGAGACAAUUUUCUGGAACUUGUUCAAUGUCCUGCUACUUGGGACAAUGUUCUGGCACUUGUUCAGUGUUAUGCUAAAUGGAACAAUGUUGGAUCCAAGUUUUGAAAUGGUUUACAAAUUAGUAUAAAAAAUCCUUUUUUUGUUGUUGUCAUUAACAAGUUGAUAUUCUUAUAUUUUUGUAUAUUACAGUUAUUGGUAAAGAUAUCAACUUGUUAAGAGUUUUCCCAU